CUGAGGAUGACGCGGAGGAGGGGAUCGCAAACAGCGACGAAUAGUAGGCCUACGCUGGAAAGGCGAAAAUGAUUACCGUAGAUUCCGAUGGACAUAUAUUCCGAUCUUUAAAAGCAUCGGAUACUCCUUUACGAGCCCCAUUCUGCCGGAUUCAUAUUUUUGACUGAGAGACACUGGAGCUAGAAGAGGGGACACCAUCUGGAGUGAUGGGCUGUCGUUUUUCUGGACCAUGGAUCGAAGGAGAACCGGAGGUGAGUGGGAGGCACGUGUCCCAGCUUAGCAAACAAGAUGCCCUGCGCAUUCUGGCAGCCUAUGAGCAGCCAAUCACAAUGCAGAUCAAGCCACGGAGGCAUUUUCGACAGAAUGGCAACACACAUGGCGAUGGCCGUUCCUGGGAGACCCUCCCUCUCAGCCUGCAGAACCUCAGCCUCCCCCUCAAGGCACCGAGACCCCCUGCCUCGGACCCCAGGGGGAGCCCUGCCUCCCAGGACAGGCGCCAUUGGAGACAUCUCGUGGUCCAACAGGACCGUUGUGAUGAGGGGAUGUAUGAGUACCUACCGACCGCCCCGCAGGACACCAUUGACAUGGGGCCUGUUGGCUACCAGGAUAAAGACUUAACCAGUAGAGACCCAAACAACUCCAGCUGCUUGCUAGGCUGCUGCAACAACCCUGCAGAACCCAGCAGCUUCUACACCCAGCAGAUGGAAGACAGCAGCAUCAUGGCUGAGAAUCCCCAUGGCUACCUCCCCCUUCACCAUGAGCUGGACAGCGGCCUCGGCUGGACAGACGGCUCCCUCCACCAGGGGGAUCUCUCCGGGCUGGAGACCGAGGAGGGAGGCCUGGACGAAUGCCACCAAUACAGCAGGGGCUAUGUCCAGGGCGGAUGUGCGGGACACGGCUUCGGCCGCGGCUCUCCGUCCUCAGAGUCCUACAUGUCCUCGGAGCUCAGUGACUCUGGCUUCUGCAGCGUGAGCACCGGGGAGUUCCGGCGCUUCCAGAGGCUGCUGGAGAAGCGGAUGCGGCUGUACAACGCCCGGCUCCACCACCCGGCAGAGCCCUGCGAGAAGAGGGAGCGACGCGACAGCUGUCCCAAGAGCCACCGCGAGCUGCUGGAGGCCAUUCCUGAAGCGCUGGCCAUGCAGCCCCUGCUCCCGAACCCCCGGGCGGGAGUAGGGCACAGCAGUGACCCAGCCAUGGGCUUCUCCCCCUGCGGUCUCUCCAGGGUAUCAUCUGUCCAAUUUCGCAAAGAAGACCAGCCCUGUUUGAACCGUCACAGUUCCAGCAGCGGGGCCCUCUUCAACCCAUCACACGGCCACACCUCCAUGGGGAUGCCCAUUCUUUCCACGUGCAGUACCCCUUCCAGCCACCACAGGCCGAUGGUGCUCGGGAAACAGCAUCAGGCCUCAAACUCAGUUGGGAUUCUGAGGAGAAGUCGUACCCUGCACUAUCGUCCGGCCCCCCACGAGUACCGCCGCCGGGCCAGCCAUCCGGCGUCCCCCUCCUACACCGCAGCAACGCUUGACAGCGGGGAGACCCCGCGGGAAAGAAGCAUUAAAACUGAGCUAGUGGUCCCCAAAGAAGAAAGAAUCAGAAGAGCCAGACCACGAGAAGCCAGCCUGCAGAAUGACCCAGAGAAAGACAAGGAUCUGCAAGCAGACCGGGUCCAGGAUGAAGAGAGAAAACGGGAGUUUGUUGGAGACAGCAAGAGUGACCCACACUGUUUCCACACCCUGAGUCUGCCUCCCCAGCCAGGGGACAUCAAUGAAACAUGGCCGAAGCCAGCCAGUCGAUUGUCUCAGGGCGGUGGGUGUGGUGCAGGUCUCUACAGCACCCUUGAAUUGCACUCUAACCCGGGGCCUGGAUCCAUGCCGCAGUGGGCUGACAAUGAAAAGCCAAAUACAAUCUCUACAUCCAAUCCCCACGCACACUCAACCCACAUCACCAACACAAACCAAAACACUCGGCUCUCAAGAAACCAGUUACUAAGGAACAGGGCUUCACGGCUCGCUGAUGAGCGUGGCGGCAUGAGCACCGAUGAGGAGACCAAUACAGAAAUGCUCCAGGGUCGGUACUGGAGCCGCACAGAAAGGAGGGAACAUCUGCUUAUUGCCCGUGAGCAAAGGCAGCAGCAGCAGCAGCGGGCGAGGGGCGCACCAAUGAGAGAGGGACAGUACAACAGGGGAGUCACUGUGGGGGAGGACCGGAGCACAGAGAACCAAGUAUGUGACGAAGACCAGUUCUUUGUGGAGGGGCGGUGCAACACUGUUCUUGAACUCAGCCAGAGGAAGUUGAAUCAUCUUCGGAACAGGAAACUGUACGACGAUUGGACCACUGUAGAGGAGCUGUUGUCUCAUGGAAUCAGAAUGGACAGCAGGGAAAGCAAAGUCUGUCCCAGCAACCUGCUGACUGUCACUACCGUCUAA